AUGUCGCUUCACGAUCAAUAUCCGGCCUAUGGUGGUCGUGGGCCAACGGACCUGCGUCUGGGUAUUUCCCUCGCGGUCAUUGCCACCAUCUUCAUGGUUAUGCGGGUGUAUGUCCGCUUGCGCGUUAACAAAUUCGGUACAACCGCAUUGAUAUUGUCUCUCGUUGCUUGGCUUUUUACGGCCAUUACCCAAGUCUUCGGUAUCCUUUCAGUCCUCCACGGUCUAGGAAACCAUAUCACAGUCAUUGCGGAAGUCGGCCAACUUCACAAUUUCCUUCUCUUUACAUGGGUCACGGUCUUCUUCUUUAAUCUGGCAAUCCCAACCGGCAAGGUGGCGGUGGCUGCAUUCCUUAUUGAAGUGAACGGACAAGGCAAUCCCAAGAUCCGCAAAAGUCUCAUCGCCGUGGCUGUUCUCAACAUUGUUCUCAAUAUUCCCCAAGUUCUCAUGGUCUGGUUCCAAUGCACCCCAGUCAACGCCCUUUGGGACCCUCUUCGCCAGGACCAAUGCAACCACACCAAGAGUGUCUAUUAUACCUAUUUCGUGGGUGCGAUCGCCGCAUUAUCCGACUUCUACCUCGCCAUCAUCCCAAUCCAAAUGCUCGUCCCAUUGAAAAUCGACCGCAAGUUGAAGUGGGGUCUGAGUUUCCUCAUGGGCUGUGGUAUUUUCGCGGGAGUCGCUGCAAUUGUUCGCACCUGGGCGGCCAAAUUCAUUCUCGACGUCGAUUCAUCCUAUGGCGUCGGCACCCUUUUCCUCUGGGGCGAAGUCGAAGAAUGGCUCGUCCUUAUCACAAUGUCCAUUCCACCCGUCUGGCCUCUAUUCCGCCCCUUCACCACUCGCUUCAUUAAAUCCAACUUAUCCCGUACGCCCGGACCGAGCUACAAUUAUAAUUACCAGUACAAGAAUGCCGGCUACAGCACUACAGCCAUCGCUUCGCCCAUGUCACCCAAUUUCCCCCCGCCAAUGGUCACCACUACGAUCUCUAUUUCGUCAGCAAAGGACGGAGCAACGACGGUUGUACCCUCGGAAACUGGGUCGAGAAUCUCGGAUGAGCGAACCCCGCAUAAUAUUCUGGACAAGAAUGAUGCUCAGGGUGCUUGGGUUGAAUUGGGGGAGAUUCCGGAUAAAUAUAAGAGGAAUCGAUCGCCUGUGCCUUGA